AUGGUGAAACUAACAAAAAAAGAUUUUCAAGAUUAUUUCGUCAAAUUCGUGGCUGAAUGCUUUGCUACAUGUAUUUUGAUUCUCAUUGGCGAAGGUGGAAUUGCUAAUUAUAAAUUUGCUCGUCAACCAACUCAUUCGACGUUCCCAAUUAGUCGUUCCUUUGCUGCGGGAGUUUAUUCAGCUCUGAUGAUCGCUGGUUCAAUUAACGGUGUACAUUUAAAUCCGGCUGCGCACGGUGCUGUUCUUGUUUAUACGGUAUAUCGAAAUCAAUUUAACGAAUUUGAUGGAGGAAUAAGACAAAUGACUGGACCCAAUGGAACAGCGGAUAUCUUUUUUACAAUGUCUGGCAAAGGCGUUUCAUAUUUCAAUACAUUCAUUGACCAAGUUAUCAGUACUUCCUUAUUAAUGAUUUAUAUCAUGGCCAUUACUCAUAAGAAAAAUCAUCUGAUAUCCAAAGUGGCGAAACCAUUUGCAUUUGUUCUUAUCAUCAUUGGAAUAACAUCUGUGCCUUUUCAGUCAAUGCUGGGCCAGCAUUAA